CAGCAGUUACUCGGCCACGAUGACGGAGCCCAAGUCCGUGUGCGUCUCGGUGGACGAGGCUGUCUCUAGCAGCAUGGACGACGCAGAGACGGACCUGCUGAAUGGACAUCUGAGGAAAGUGGACAACAGUCUCACCGAGGCCCAGCGCUUCUCCUCCUUGCCCCGGAGGGCGGCCGUGAACAUUGAGUUCAAGGACCUUUCCUACUCUGUUCCCGAAGGACCCUGGUGGAGGAAGAAAGGAUACAAGACCCUCCUGAAAGGGAUCUCAGGGAAGUUUAGCAGCGGGGAGCUGGUGGCCAUCAUGGGCCCCUCAGGAGCCGGGAAGUCCACGCUCAUGAACAUUCUGGCCGGAUACAGGGAGAGCGGCAUGAAAGGCACGGUCCUCAUCAACGGGCUGCCCCGGGACCUGCGCUGCUUCCGGAAGGUGUCCUGCUAUAUCAUGCAGGACGAUAUGCUGCUACCCCACCUCACCGUGCAGGAGGCCAUGAUGGUGUCCGCGCACCUGAAGCUGCAGGAGAAGGAUGAAGGAAGAAGGGAGAUGGUCAAGGAGAUCCUGACGGCCCUGGGCCUGCUGUCCUGUGCCAACACACGGACCGGGAGCCUGUCUGGCGGCCAGCGGAAGCGCCUGGCCAUCGCGCUGGAGCUGGUCAACAACCCCCCAGUCAUGUUCUUUGAUGAGCCCACCAGCGGCCUGGACAGCGCGUCCUGCUUCCAGGUGGUGUCGCUGAUGAAAGGGCUGGCGCAGGGUGGCCGCUCCAUCGUCUGCACCAUCCACCAGCCCAGUGCCAAGCUCUUCGAGCUCUUCGACCAGCUGUACGUGUUGAGCCAGGGCCAGUGUGUGUACCGGGGGAAGGUCUCCAACCUCGUGCCCUACCUCAGAGACCUGGGCCUGAACUGCCCCACCUACCACAACCCCGCGGACUUCGUCAUGGAAGUGGCCUCCGGCGAGUACGGCGAUCAGAACAGCCGCCUGGUGCGGGCCGUGCGGGAAGGCAUGUGUGACGCUGACUACAAGCGAGAGCUGGGGGGCGAGGCCGAGGGGAACCCCUUCCUCUGGCACCGGCCCUCUGAAGAGGUAAAGCAGGCUAAAGCAUUGAAGGGGUUCCGAAAGGUAACGCAGACCCAGGGCCCGGGCGGCUGUGCAGCGUGCCGUGUGCGCGGGGUGCUGUGCGGGACGGGACUCAAGGCCCGUCGUCCCCAGGUCCUCACACACCUGCGCGUCACCUCGCACAUCGGCAUCGGCCUCCUCAUCGGCCUGCUCUACCUGGGCAUCGGGAACGAGGCCAAGAAGGUGCUGAGCAACUCCGGCUUCCUGUUCUUCUCCAUGCUGUUCCUGAUGUUCGCCGCCCUCAUGCCCACCGUGCUGACUUUCCCCCUGGAGAUGGGCGUCUUCCUCAGAGAGCACCUGAACUACUGGUACAGCCUGAAGGCCUACUACCUGGCCAAGACCAUGGCCGACGUCCCCUUCCAGAUCCUGUUCCCCGUGGCCUACUGCAGCAUCGUGUACUGGAUGACGUCACAGCCAUCCGACGCCGUCCGCUUCGUCCUCUUCGCGGCACUGGGCACCAUGACUUCACUGGUGGCGCAGUCCCUGGGGCUACUGAUCGGUGCCGCCUCCACCUCCCUGCAGGUGGCGACGUUCGUGGGUCCCGUGACAGCCAUCCCGGUCCUGCUCUUCUCCGGGUUCUUCGUCAGCUUUGACACCAUCCCCACGUACCUGCAGUGGAUGUCCUACAUCUCCUACGUCAGGUAUGGCUUCGAGGGCGUCAUCCUCUCCAUCUACGGCCUGGACCGAGAAGACCUGCACUGCGACAUCGACGACACGUGCCACUUCCAGAAGUCGGAGGCCAUCCUGCGGGAGCUGGACGUGGAGAAUGCCAUGCUCUCCCUGGACUUCGUCGUGCUGGGGAUUUUCUUCAUUACCCUGCGCCUCAUUGCCUAUUUUGUCCUGAAGUACAAAAUCUGGGCAGAGAGGUAA